GUGUCAGAUGCACCGGUAUGUCGAAGUGGCCAGAAAAUCGUGUACGGCAUAGGUGUGGGCGAAACGGCCAAAAUACUAUGUGAUAUCGACGCCCGACCCCCGCAAGUGCUGUUCCAGUGGACGUUCAACGACACCCAUCACCCGAAUCUCAAGUUCUUCAGCGAAGGCCUCCGCAGCUCCCUUUCCUAUACGCCUAAAACCCGCGACGACUUCGGGUACGUGUCGUGUCGGGCCAACAAUGUGGUGGGCACUCAACAAACGCCUUGUGUCUACACCAUUAUACCCGCCGGGAAACCGGAAACUGUUAUCAAAUGUGAUGCAUCUAAUAUUGGUUUUACAUCAUUUUCGAUAAACUGUUUGCCCGGCUAUGACGGCGGCCUACAGCAAAGUUUCGGUCUCGAAGUGUACGAGAAAAUUGAUGAUAAACUAGUGCUUAACCUUACAAACAGCAUGGUCUCAUCAUUUGAAUUAAGUGCUUUACAAUCCGAUACUAACUAUAAUAUCAAAGUGUAUGCAAUUAACGUGAAGGGAAAGAGUGAACCGUUUUUAUUGUUUGCCAAAACCAACGCACUUCCCAUACCUUCAACAGUAAUUCCGCAAUCAGACACCGAAUCGGAGGGUCUGAUAGAGAAACUUGUGAUAAUCGCGGUCAUUUUGGCGAUCAUAACGAUACUCGUAAUACUAUUUUGUAAGAUUUUACGUAAGUUUCGACAAACAAUGUCCUCCGAAGUGGACGAUGAGGACAAUGAGGACAAGUCGGAUGAGAUCAUUGAGUACAUGGACGACGUGAAUGAGCGCAAGAACUACCAGAACGGUGUUCUGCCUCAGGAUUACUCCCAAUCCCAUGCCAUGAGACCCUCGAAUUACAUGAAUGAUACAAAUUCUGAUAAGUAUAACAGAAACUGCUAUGAAGUCUACGAGAUUGAGGUGCAGGAGGACGGCAACGAUCUCUACGACCAAAAUAAUUACAUCGAUUUCAACACUCAAAGAGACAUAACUUUCCGAUUGACUGAUGAUUUGAAUCACUGGUCGCCGACCGCAUCGCAAAAGUCGAGACAAUAUGAGAUGUCUUAUCCAUUGGACACAAUGCGAGUGAAUCCCAACAACACUUAUUUCUAUAACAAUGCGAUCAAUAAUAACCGAAGUGCACACAGAAGUCGAAAGACUUCCUAUACAUCAACA